AUGGCUACGGAGAUUGAGCAGCCGCUGGCUUUGACGGCUACGGUGGUCACACCAACUGCGCCUAGCCCGACCGGAUCUGCCAUUCAUCACUCCGCGACAGGUUCCUCGGAUGGCACUCCUGGAUCUGCCUCCAGGCCUCUUCCCUCCCCUACCAGCGCCAAUGGCCAGGCCAAUGCCUCCCGCCGCCCGCCGCGCAAAAGCACCCUCACGCAGCAGCAGAAGAACCAAAAGAGACAAAGGGCCACACAGGACCAAUUGACGACUCUCGAGAUGGAAUUCAACAAAAACCCGACUCCCACGGCUAGUGUUCGCGACAGAAUAGCCGAGGAGAUUAACAUGACGGAGCGCUCUGUUCAGAUUUGGUUCCAGAACAGGCGAGCCAAGAUCAAGAUGCUGGCCAAGAAGAGCCUCGAAACCGGCGAAGACAUUGAUUCGAUUCCCGAGUCGAUGAGGCAAUAUCUCGCUAUGCAGGCCAUGGAAUCCGGCAAAGGGUUUGCCGGCAGCUAUAUGGGCCGCACUGGCCUGCUUCCUUUUGGCGGCGGCAACAUGCUCUUUGGUGGUGACCAGAGCGCGCAGGGCAAAGUUUUGAUUCAUCAUCUCACUUGUCGCUCCCUGAGCAUUGGCAAAUGGACGCGAGUUGGACAAAACACCAUGGAUCUCAUCAUCUUCUACUCGCCGGACAAGUGCACCAUGACCUACUACAUUAACAACGAGCAAGCUGGGUACAAGAUCGAAUAUCCUUUCUCCCAUAUCAAGAACAUUUGGUUGGAGAAUGCAGACAACGACAUGAACAAACUGGCGGGCAUCUUUAUUGAGCUCAACCAGCCACCUUACUUCAUGAUGGAUGCAACCUCGUCGACUACGGGCUUUGACUACGUUAGUGACUUCACCGAGGAUCAACAGGCCUCUCAGUGCUUGCUUCAUCAUUUGGGGGGCAACCCCAAGGUACUGGCCAACCAGUUGGCCAAGCUUGUUUCUUUGGAAUCUUUCAUGAACCGCCACAACCCCCACAGCAUUCGACAGGUUCACGCAUAUGCAGACCCUCAUGCAAUCUCGGCCUCGGCUCCGGUGUCUCCCACAGCUCGACCCUCCUCGCAGCCAAGCUUUGGCGCACCGCCGAUGGCCAUGGCCCAGCAACAAUGGGGUAUGGCCAACAUGCACUCUGCUGCCAACAUGCGGCCUCAGGGCCACAAGCGGCAGCGUAGUCGCUCUGUUCCUGGACCAAUUGAUUUUGCCAUGUUCCAGAACCAGCCCAUGCCGUCCUUCUAUAUCCAGCCUCCCGGUGAUAUGGCUGCUCAACACAAUCCAAACAUUUAUGCUCCAGUGCCACAGCAACCCAAUGUGGCGCACAAUUUGAGGAUUGACACGCAAGCAGGCUUUGGUUUGGACAUGCGGCAAUACCCAAUGUCAGCCACGACUGCUUCGCCAUCCGAGUUCCCGCCGAGCCCUGGCUUUUUCCCUCCUGGCCAAGAGAAUGGCCCAUUGGCUCCAUCAAAUUACAGCACCCCCUAUGGUACCGCGUUUUUGUCGCCCAUGGUCACUGCUGAAGCCAACAUGCCCACAGCCAUCUCUCCCCUUCCUUUCAAUGGCCCUACUGAGCCUUCAAUUGUCGAGCAAUCCCCUCCCAUGUCCAUGAUGGGCCGCCCUGGCUCUUCCGAAAUGUACAUGGGCCAGGACGGCUCGUGCGCCGUUUCGGAUGAUGGCGUUAGCUUGAACGAAAUGUAUUCCAAACAUUCCAUUAAUAUGCCAAUGCACGAGCACUCGCCCGGGAGCUAUGUUCAGCACUCACAGGGAGAUAUUGACAUGGACCAACUAGUUCACUUUGACGCCGUUGAUCCAACUAGUCUAUCGCCUGAGACGAUGCAUCGGUAA